AUGUCCCUCCUUGUCGCACACAGCGUGUUUAUGAAACAGAAGAAGUUUAUCUACCACUAUAGGAACCUGCGCUGGGCUUUCGGGCGACAUGAGACCUAUCUGUGCUACAUUGUGAAGAGGAGAGACAGCCCCACGUCCUACUCUUUAGACUUUGGAUUCCUUCGUAAUCGCUCCGGCUGCCACGUUGAGGUGUUGUUUCUGCGCUAUAUGAGUGCUUGGCAGAUUGACCCUCAUCUCAGUUACUCUGUGACCUGGUUCUGCUCCUGGUCUCCCUGUUUCAGCUGCGCGCUCCACCUGGCUCAGUUCCUGUCCGAGCACCCCAACUUACGCCUGCGCAUCUUUGCGGCCCGUCUGUAUUUCUGCGAGGAGACAAAUUCAGAGCCUGAAGGACUGAGGAGACUCAAAGCUGCUGGGGCGCAUAUCGCAGUCAUGACUUUCAAAGACUAUUUCUACUGCUGGCACACGUUUGUCGCCAGUCAAGACCGUGAGUUCAAAGCCUGGGAGGGGCUCAAUGCAAACUCAAUCCGACUGGCUCGAAAACUCAGACGCAUCCUCCAGCCUGUGGAUGAAAUUGAUGAUCUGAGAGAUGCCUUCAAGCUACUUGGAUUUUGAAAAGAGCAAAUCUAUCUACAGUACAACAGCUGUGACUUUGAAAUGGGGAAUUUCAAGUCAAUUAAAAAAAGCCAUUUCAGUAUGUGUAACAUUGCCCUUUGCUACUCCAUGGUGUUUGCAAUCAUUCCAAGCCGCUCUGGGUUAUUGUAAUUCUUCUCUAAUCUACCUGGCUUUGAGCUUGCUUGAAGAAUUGCUGUGCAUUGACCAUGCUUUAUCAUUCAAUUCAAAUAAUGUGAAAUCAGUAUGACCUUUCAACUCUGACUA